AUGGAUUUUUUCCCGGGCAGGGACGGAUUGAACGAUUUAAACAGCUUGAAAAAGCUCAAGUCUUUGGAUGCUAGUUUGUGGUGUUCCGAAGAAGAAGAAUUUGACGAAGAAAACGAUAAGCUGCUUACGGAUUUUGUUUGCAAUCUCAAGCAAUUCCCGUCUCUAAGGAAGCUGACGUUGUUUGCUGACUCAUAUAGCGGAAGAGGAUUGCAUGUUCUUAAUCAACUGGAAUAUCUGGAGGUGAAUACCUUUUCUAAAUUCGACGACAAGAUCUUGACGGACUGCUUCCAAACGAUGAAGCAAUUACGCCACCUAGACAUUAAUUAUCCUAACACCCUCACUGAAAAUAAUUUGGAAAUGCUGGUGACGAGCUGCCAGCAGCUGGAACGUCUGGUCCUUCAUAUAGAGCACAGCGAUUCAUCGGAGCCCUAUGAGCUGGUCUGCCAAUUGCCCACGCUGCAGCAUUUGCAGGUCGAUCAUGGCGGUAUUUUACGUGACUCGUUAAUAGAGGGGUUGAUUAACAAAAAGGGUUCCCCUAUGGAAAGUCUUAUCCUGGGACCAGACGAGUUGCCCGUGGAUCAAGUUAAACGUCUUUGCAAUAUUUCUACACUCAAGGAACUCGAAGUAGCCUGCAACACCGUCCCCUUGGAGGACUUACUGAAGCUGAAAAACCUUCUAUACCUCCACAUAUCCAUGCCAAUUACGGAUGACCAAGCAUUGAACAUUCUGAAGGGGCUUCCGCACCUAAAAGCUCUCAAUAUACUAGAGGACUCUGAGAUAGACCAAGUAAACUUGGUGAAUAGUGUUCGUACCUGGGUGAGCGGACAAAAGGAGCAGCGUGGGAAGAUCAAAAUCUAUCUCAACAGGUAUAUAAAAUAUACUGAUUCUUUGGUUGAAUUUAAAUUCGAUCACUUAGAACCCAUAUUGAUAAACAAAGAACUAAUUGAACGAGAUCAGAACUAG